AUGACUUCGAUACAUUCUUUGAUUUCAUAAGCUAAACAAUAAGACUUAUAGAAUAAAAGGUCUUCCAAAAUUUUACAAAAACCCAUAGCCAAAUGGAAAAAUAAACUUGUCAAAUCAAGUUAAUGUAAUAACGAUUCAAUAAUUUAGCUCAUUUUAUGUAAAGAGACUAAGGAGAAUAGAUAUAUUAAAUUGUACAUUUAGAUAGAAACGUAGAAUCAAACUAAAACAUUGGAUAUAAAUAUCGAUCAUUAGGAGCAUUAUUUAUUGACAAUUUUUUGAUGAAGGGUAAAAUUUUAGAAAGGUAAUAUGAAAAUCAUUCAGUUGAAUAUAAGCUUUCAUUUUUUACUUAAAAUACUGGAAUCUAUAGUAGAGAUAAUUUAGAAUAUGAUAAAAUGAUGCAUUUUUAUAAACUAUUACGAUACGAAAUGAUCACAGAAAAUAACAGAAAUACUUAUGAAGGUAAGAUUAAUAGACCUUAUGAGUGUUUUAAUUUUUUAUUUAUUGAUGGAAAAUUAGAUGGAAUUAAAAAAAAAAUGAAUUAUGAUUUGCUUAGAAUUAUGGGUAUUAAUGAAGAAAUGAUAGAUGAUUAUAUUUAAAAAGAGAAUCAACUGCCGAUAUUCUGGGAUAUUUCUAAAUUUGUUAAUAUAAACGAUGGAAUUUACUACAAUUCUAAUUUAAUAAAUUUUCAAGGAGAAAUUUUCACUUCCCAAAUAUAAAUCAAAAGAUUCAUAUAAUCAAAUUCUAGUUAAAAGAUAUCGAAUUAAUUUCUAUAUUUUAUUUACAAUUGUGAUAGAAGUUAAUUAAAUGUUAAUAAAAUUGAGAAAAAUUUCUUAAGUUAUUUUUAGUUGUAAUCCCUCUCUAUUAAAUAAUAAAUGUAAAUACAGAAAUCUAGAAUAAUGAAACCAUGCCUUUUUAAGCCGAUAAUAGACUAAAAAUGA